CUGCGCGAAGGGAACCAGCGAGCCGGCGCGGAGCCUCGGCCAAGGCGGGAAUUCGCGGCUGUCAACAGAGGCGCUGCGGCCGUGUCUCCGUGUCUUUGUGUGCUGCCAGGCCGUUUCGGGGUCUUCUUGGUGUCCUUGGCGGCGGGGAAGUGAAGGAGAGAAAGAGAGCCGACCAUGAAGUGCACCAUUCCAGAGAUUUCGUGGCACAACCGCGACCCUGUCCUGGCGAUAGACAUACAGCCCAACCCCCCGGAUGGCGUCUACCGCCUGGCAACGGCCGGGACAGACACGCACAUUGUGAUUUGGCAGCUACGUAUCCUUGAUAAUGGUGGCGUUAGUGUUGAGGCAUUGAGUGACCUGACCCGACACAACAGAGCCGUGAAUGCAGUCAGGUUUUCUCCUGAUGGAGAAGUAUUAGCUUCAGCAGAUGAUGAAGCUGCCGUUAUUCUCUGGAAAAAACAGCAGGAGUCAUCAUCAGAUAUUUUUGCAGAUGAUUCAGAGAAAGAAAAUAAAGAACACUGGACUGUUCUGAAGAUGUUACGAGGUCACCUUGAGGAUGUAUAUGACCUUUCUUGGUCUAAGUGUUCACAGUUUUUAAUCUCGGGCUCUGUUGACAAUUCUGCAAUUUUAUGGGAUGUUGGCAAAGGUAAAAAUAUAGCAUUACUCAAUGAUCACAAAGGAUUUGUGCAAGGUGUAACAUGGGACCCACAAGGCCAAUAUGUUGCUACUUUGUGCUCUGACAGAAACUGCCGCAUAUACAAUACUGGGACAAAGAAAUUAAUGUACAAAAUAUAUAAAGCUUCUUUACCUGUAGCUGAUGCAGAGGAUAAUGUAACAGAAAGGGCUACAAGAUUAUUCCAUGACGAUACCUUAAAGUCUUUCUGCCGCCGCCUCAGUUUUUCACCAGAUGGAGAAAUCCUGCUUGCUCCCUCAGGUGUUCUAGAGGAAGAGAGUGGCAAAAUCACCAAUGUCACUUAUGUGUUUUCAAGGCAUUGUUUAUCAAAACCAGUCAUGUAUCUCCCAACAAAAGAUAAAUAUACAAUGGCAGUGAGAUUUAGCCCCAUUUUGUACGAGCUGAAGCCACUGCCGCUUGAGGAAGGAAAAGAGCAAAAGGAAGACUCACGAGAACCUUGGGAGGAAUAUGCAAAUCUCUUCCAUCUGCCCUAUAGAAUGGUGUUUGCUGUUGCAACCCAAAAUGCUGUUUUACUUUAUGAUACACAGCAGCCAGUACCCUUUGCAAAGAUCUCAAAUAUUCAUUACACACGCCUUAGUGAUGUUGCAUGGUCUUCUGAUGGGCGUAUCCUUGUGGUGUCAUCAACUGAUGGCUACUGCUCUCUGGUUUCUUUCACGGAAGAAGAAAUUGGUAUUCCCUACAAAGGAAAGAUUAUUGAAACUCAAGUAAAGAAAGCUGGCACAAGUCCAAAUCUGUCUGCUAAACCUUCUUCAGGAGCAUCAUCACCACGUGAAGAACCAGAAAAAAUGGAGACAGAAGCUGUUGAGCCUGCAAAGAAACCAGUUGAAAGUAUAGCUGUAAAAAG